AUGCUCAGACACCCACAGCCACCCACCAUGAAGGCCUCACAGGGAUUCACAUUCUGGAAAGUACAGUACAUCAAGGUUCCUUUCGCCUUGUCAUGUCAAUAUUUUACCUAUCAUUAUUUCAAAGGACAAUACAGUUUCCCACCUCUAAAAUAUAUUUUUUCCAUGCUUGAUUGAUUGUCUUUGAGUAAUCUUGAAAUGCUUUGUGUGUAGGCUACUCAUAUAAGCCUAUUGUCCAUGUAUAGGUCCUUAAAGUUGAUAUGGUAAUUGAAAUGGCAGAGUUAAAGAUAUAAAUCUAAAUAUGAAUGACAUUUAGCAUAAGCUUUUAUCCAAAGCGACUUACAGUCAUGUGUGCAUACAUUUUACAUAUGGGUGGUUCCAGCCGGAAUCAAACACACAACCCUUGGCGUUGAAAGCGCCAUGCUCUACCAACUGAUCUGCACAGGACCAAGUUCUAUGUUGGAAAAAGUUGAGUUCUAAGCACUGUGGCCUCAGAUGGUCUUUGAUCAAAGCUGUUCCAUGAAGUCAUUCGUUUUUAAAAAGGGCCAUUCAGAUCAGUCCUGUUAUGAUUCUAUAAGAGGAUUAGAACAUGCUUGUCCACUUCAGAUCUUCUACACACUUCAAAGUGAACAGUAGAACACAGCUCCACCAGUUGUUCUUGUACAUUAUUCAAAGACCAUAGAAACUAGACUAGGCGGGAGUGUGUGUGUGUGUGUGUGUUGUGUGUGUGUAGUGUGUGUAGAUGAGUCUUGCCAGCAUAUCAGAUGCCGCUUCUGUUUUUCGUAUCAUUCUUGUUUUGAGGCUACUUGGCUACCUCAUGUAUUCAGGCCACCUGUUGUCGAGCUUUGAGUUUGAUGUUGUUGUUGUUGUUACUGCAGUAGGCUAGAUCAGGGCUGGCUUCCUAGAUGUCACCUGUGUGUGUGCGUGUGAAUACCUCAGGAGAGAGAUCACUCAGGAGGGAGAUGGUUCCUGGUCUCCUAGAAACCAUGGAUGGGUCGGCGUGACCUGGCUGUUGUUGGUUUCAUCACCAUCAUAAGAGCAUGGUGGAAGAUUCAAGCCAUGUUAGUUAAAAGUCAUGUUGGUUAAGGGCUUUGUUUUGCCUCCGAAAAAUAGGCUAUACGAGGAAGACUGCCACAGAAAAACAAUCCUCAUUCAGCAUUUACCCUCAAGCUUCUACUUGGGGCGUAAAUUAACAGCGUCUACCCCCAAGCCAUAAGACUGCUAAAUAGUUAGUUAAAUAGUUAACCAAAUAGCUACCAGGACUAUCUGCAUUUACCCUUUUUGCAUGAACUCAUUUGACUCAUCACAUACGCUGCUGUUACUGUUUAUUAUCUAUCCUGUUGCCUAGUCACUUUACCCCAACCUAUAGUUGAAGUCGGAAGUUUACAUACACUUAGGUUGGAGUCAUUAAAACUCGUUUUUCAACCACUCCACACAUUUCUUGUUAACAUACUAUAGUUUUGGCAAGUCGGUUAGGACAUUUACUUUGUGCACGACACAAGUAAUUUUUCCAACAAUUGUUUACAGACAGAUUAUCACAAUUACAGAGGGUCAGAAGUUUACAUACACUAAGUUGACUGUGCCUUUAAACAGCUUGGAAAAUUCCAGAAAAUGAUGUCAUGGCUUUAGAAGCUUCUGAUAGGCUAAUUGAUAUCAUUUGAGUCAAUUGGAGGUGUACCUGUGGAUGUAUUUCAAGGCCUAGCUUCAAACUCAGUGCCUCUUUGCUUGACAUCAUGGGAAAAUAAAAAAAAAUCAGCCAAGACCUCCGUAUUAUUUUUGUAGACCUCCACAAGUCUGGUUCAUCCUUGGGAGCAAUUUCCAAACGCCUGAAUGUACCACGUUCAUCUGUACAAACAAUAGUACGCAAGUAUAAACACCAUGGGACCACGCAGCCGUCAUACCGCUCAGGAAGGAGACAUGUUCUGUCUCCUAGAGAUGAACAUACUUUGGGGUGAAAAGUGCAAAUCAAUCCCAGAACAACAGCAAAGGACCUUGUGAAGAUGCUGGAGGAAACAGGUACAAAAGUAUCUAUAUCCACAGUAAAACGAGUCCUAUAUCGACAUAACCUGAAAGGCCGCUCAGCAAGGAAGAAGCCACUGCUCCAAAACCGGCAUAAAAAAGCUAGACUACGGUUUGCAACUGCAAAUGGGCACAAAGAUCAUACUUUUUGGAGAAAUGUCCUCUGGUCUGAUGAAACAAAAAUAGAACUGUUUGGCCAUAAUGACCAUUGUUAUGUUUGGAGGAAAAAGGGGGACGCUUGCAAGCCGAAGAACACCAUCCCAACCGUGGGGUUGCAGCAUCAUGCUGUGGGGGUGCUUUGCUGCAGGAGGGACUUGUGCACUUCACAAAAUAAAUGGCAUCAUGAGGAAGGAAAAUUAUGUGGAUAAAUUUAAGCAACAUCUCAAGACAUUAGUCAGGAAGUUGAAGCUUGGUCGCAAAUGGAUCUUCCAAAUGGACAAUGACCCCAAGCAUACUUCCAAAGUUGUGGCAAAAUGGCUUAAGGACAACAAAGUCAAGGUAUUGGAGUGGCCAUCACAAAGCCCUGACCUCAAUCCUAUAGAAAAUGUGUGGGCAGAACUGAAAAAGCGUUUGCGAGCAAGGAGGCCUACAAACCUGACUCAGUUACACCAGCUCUGUCAGGAGGAAUGGGCCAAAAUUCACCCAACUUAUUGUGGGAAGCUUGUGGAAGGCUACCCGAAACGUUUGACCUAAGUUAAACAAUUUAAAGGCAAGGCUACCAAAUAAUAAUUGAGUGUAUGUAAACUUCUGACCUACUGGGAAUGUGAUGAAAGAAAUAAAAGCUGAAAUAAAUCAUUCUCUCUACUAUUAUUGACAUUUAGUGACAUUUAGUGACAUUUCACAUUCUUAAAAUAAAGUGGUGAUCCUAACUGACCUAAGACAGGGAAUUUUACUUGGAUUAAAUGUCAGGAAUUGUGAAAAGUUUAAAGGUAUUUGGCCAAGGUGUAUGUAAACUUCAGACUUCAACUGUAUAUGUACAUAUCUACCUCAAUGACCUCAUACCUUACACAUUGACUCGGUACUGGUACCCUGUAUAUAUAGCGAAGUAAUCGUAACUCAUUGUGUAUUUAUUCCUGGUGUUAUUAUUUUUCUAUUAUUUCUCAGUUUUCUCUCUGCAUUGUUGGCAAGGGCCAGUUAGUAAGUAUUUCACUGUUAGUCUACACCUGUUGUUUACGAAUCAUGUAACAAAUAACGUGAAGUGACCAUUUUGGGGGGGUUCAGUCCCCACCAUCUUCGUAUUCCAUAAUGAUCCCGUUUGGGACCAGGUCUAAACCCUCACACCUUCCAGGGAGUGGAGGUGAGUUCACCGGUAAUAAUUCAGUGUCACUCGAGCCGACUGUGUCACAGCGUCACAGCUUAAUGAUGUGGCAUGCCUGGAGGCUGGAGCAGAGCUGUAACGUCAGUCUGCCACCCUACCCUCUUUCUCACACACACAAGCACAUACACACACGCGCGCGCACACACGCACACACGCAUGCAUGCACACAAACACGCUCUCUCUCCCUCUCUCCCACACACUCUCUCACACUCUCUCACACACACAAACACACACACACACAUACACACACACAAUAGGAAAGCUAGUCUGCCACCCUACCCUCUCACAGACUUCUGUCCCUCAGACCUUAAUAAGGACACAGUGUCCGACACACCCUCUGUGAAUCACCUAGUUUCUUAUCAAACUAAACUAGAAAGAAGGGUUAUCUUAUUCUUAUCAGUUGCAGCUCAAUACACUGGUUUUCUACCUCUCAAACACUCCUUCAUAUUGCCUACCGCUUCCUUUUUCGCAUUCAAUAGAUUUAGUGUUGGGUGGUUAUGCUGAAGUGGUUAGUGCCUAUCAUACUGUUGAUAACAUACACUACAUGAUCAAAAGUAUGUGGACACCUGCUCGUCCAACAUCUCAUUCCAAAAUCAUGGGCAUUAAUAUGGAGUUGGUCCCCCCUUUGCUGCUAUAACAACCUCCAACCUUCUGGGAAGGCGUUCCACUACAUGUUGGAUCAUUGCUGCAGGGACUUGCUUCCAUUCAGAUCAUUAGUAAUGUUGGGCACUGAUGUUAGGCGAUUAGGCCUAGCUUGUUCCAAUUCAUCCCAAAGGUGUUCGAUGGGGUUGAGGUCAGGGCUCUGUGCAGGCCAGUCAAGUUCUUCUACUCUGAUCUCGACAAACCAUUUCUGUAUGGACCUCGCUUUGUGCAUGGGGGCAUUGUUAUGCUGAAACAGGAAAGGGCCUUCACUAAACUAUUGCCACAAAGUUGGAAGCACAGAAUCAUCUAUAAUGUCAUUGUAUGCUGUAGCGUUAACAUUUCCCUUCACUGGAACUAAGGCCUAGCCCGAACCAUGAAAAACAGCCCCAGACCAUUAGUCCUCCUCCACCAAACUUUCCAGUUGACACUAUGCAUUGGGGCAGGUGGCGUUCUCUUGGCAUUUGCCAACCCAGAUUCAUCCGUCGGACUGCCAGAUGUUGAAGCGUAAUUCAUCACUCUAGAGAACGCGUUUCCACUGCUCCAGAGUCCAAUGGCGGCGAGCUUUACACCACUCCAGCCGACACUUGGCAUUGCGCAUGGUGAUCUUAGGCUUGUGUGCGGCUGCUCAGCCAUGGAAACCCAUUUCAUGAAGCUCCCGACGAACAGUUAUUGUGCUGACGUUGCUUCCAGAGUCAUUUUGGAACUCGGUAGUGAGUGUUGCAACCGAGGACAGACAAUUUUUACGCGCUACGGACUUCAGCACUCGGUGGUCCCGUUCUGUGAGCUUGUGUGGCUUACUACUUCGUGGCUGAGCCGUUGUUGCUCCUAGAUGUUUCCACUUCACAGUAACAACAUGUACAGUUGACCCGGGGCAGCUCUAGCAUUCAGAAAUUUGACCAACUGACUUGUUGGAAAGGUGGCAACCUGUGACGGUGCGACGUUGAAAGUCACUGAGCUCUUCAGAACGGGCCAUUCGACUGCCAAUAUUUGUCUAUGGAGAUUGCAUGGCGGUGUGCUUGAUUUUAUACACCUGUCAGCAAUGUGUGUGGCUGAAAUAGCCGAAUCCACUAAUUUGAACGGGUGUCCACAUACUUUUGUAUACAUAGUGUAAGUGGAUUUGUGCUUGUGUCACGACUUCCGCCGAGGCUGCCCCCCCUCCUGGUUCGGGCAGGCUUCGGCGUUCAUCGUCACCGGAGUACUAGCUACUGCCGAUCCCAUUCUCAUCACUCCACUUGUCAUGUCUUGUCAAUCACACACACCUGGUGCUCAUUCCCCUAAUUACUAUGUGUAUAAGUGUUCCCUCUGUUCCCCUUGUCUUUGUGAGUGAUUGUUUUGUUGUGAGAGCGUGUAGCUCGGUUGAGCUACAUUUCACUGUGUCAUUGCCAAGGUGGAUGUUUUCCCUUGAACAGUUUAGUUUGACGCUUGGGGCGUUUGAUUUAUGCAAACGGAUUAAACUCUGGACUUCGGUAUUUUACCUCCUGCGCCUGACUCCUUCUUUCACACCUCGUCACAGCUUGGAGGAUUUCCCAUUUUAUGGUGGAGUUCAUUGUGAUUCCUCCUUCAUAGACAGAUUAUUAUUCAUUGAAAAUAGCCAUGCAAAAACAGCCAUUCUGAAAUAUUAAAGUGUGGUUGCCUUAGUGUUCUUAUUGGUCCAUUACAUUUUCCUUGUUCAUGGGUCAUUUUCCUUGGUUCAAUAGCCUGUAUCUGGGGGUCAGUGAGCAGUCAAAUAGCUCUGACCUUACAGCCAGCCAGGCCUAUGUUGUUGCUCUUCAUAAUGCUGUGUGUGUGUUCUGUGGCAAAGUAUUGUCAACGAUCACCAAAGCUCAGUGUACAACUCCUAGCCAGAUUAGGGCUGGUCUCUGUGACGUGUUGAUGUCCGUUUGUCCGUCCUCAACUUUUCCGCAUACGCUAUACAGCCGUGUGAUUGGCGUCUUUCAUGUGGGUAUCAGGUUCAUUUGUAUCCCACCCUUCUCGUCUUCAGAGAGAGGCCUCCACCUUCCCCGAUACUAAUUAUGGAAGGAAACAAAAUCCCCCACCUGAAGGAGGGCGAGAGAGAGAGAGCGAGGAAGGAAGCAGAGAGAGGAGAGAGAGAGUGUGAUAAAAAGAGCAAGAUGGGUAGAGUGAGAGAGGGGGUGAGAAAGUGAGAGAUGGAGAAAGUGUGGGGAAAAUGAGGGUGAGACAGAAGAAUCAAUCAACAGAGAUUUGUCAAGAGAGUGGGAGAGUUAAGGAUAAAGAAGAGAGAAAGCGAGGGAUAGCUUGUCUUUGAGUUGUAGCUGAAGAGGCAGUUUGCUCUGCUGGGUGAAAUAUGGGUGGAGGAGUGGAGCAUUCCCACAGUCAGAGAGAUGAAGGAGGGGUGUAUCUCUCCCUCUCGCUCUCUCUAUCCCUCUCUUCCUCCAUCAUUAGCUCUGAAGGGCCUCUCAGAAUCCAUGAAAUGGAGGAAACGUCUGAAAACUAGUGAAAAUAAUCAAAAGGCUUUAGCGUGAGGAAGAGUAGAAAAGAACCUUUCAGACACACAUUUUCUCCACAAGCAAGAGAAAGUGUUGAAUCCUUUUGCUUGAAUUCUCCAGCGUUGCAUUAUUAUGGCUGUUCAGAGAGGGGAGGUAGUAGUAAGUAGGUUAUGAAUGGUGGCCUUGAUGAACAGUCACAGGAAUGUGUUGAUUGGCUGUCCAUCUUCUUCUCCUUUCCUUUGUUCUUCUCAAUAGUUAGAAAACCAAUGAAAACAAUGAAUGAUUUCCCACAGUUAAACUCUGUCCCCCCCCCCCCCUCUCUCUCUCUCGCUCUCUCUCGCUCUCUCUCUCUCUCUCUCUCUCUCUCUCUCUCUCUCUCUCUCUCUCUCUCUCUCUCUCUCGCUCUCUCCUCAGGGCCAGGUGGAGGUCCAUGCUGUGUUGCAGGUUCCAGAUCUGGACCCGGAACCAGAACAGACAGAGUUCUAUGUGGUUCUAGAAGGUUCCAGGCUAUCCCAUGUUACUGUAGCUAAGAGAGCGGAGGAUGGAGAGUCUCUUUGCUUCACAGUUCCUGGUGAGUCCCACCAUCUAUAGUGUCCACUGGUCCCAGAUCAGUCUGACUGUCUCACACAGAGUUACUGACUGAGGUUAAAACAGAACCCUUAGUUUGAUACAGGGUCACUGACUUCCAGUUAUCAUUAGUUCCUAUUUUAUUCUAAUUUCAGGUCAACAUAACAGGGAUUGUAAUAAAUCAGUAGAUAGCAGCAGUUUGCCUAACCUAAUAAAGGCAUGUUGCUGUAUCACAAGCUUCAGUAGAAAUCAUAUUUGGGAGCAGAAAACUGUUAUUGCUGUACAGUGUCCAUAUUAGGAGAGCGUCAAUGUCAGCAGGACUUGUGUCAGUCUCAUCGGUAGUUGGCACCGUAUUGUUGUCAUAUUUGAUCCUCAGUUGUCUGUUCAUCUCCUCUCCUCCACAGGUCACGACCUCCAAGAGACUGCCUCUGUCACAGUGUAUCGCCACACAGAGGGUGGAGCCAAGCCCUGUGGAGGUGGGGCCUCCCUGAAGUACGUCCGUGAUUUGCCACAGGAAGUGGCCGAGUACCUGCUAGCCAACAGCGACUGUUUGAGUCCCCAGAGCCACCUGGAGGUUCUGAGGAGGGUCUCAGCAGCUCCAGGGGAGGGGGACAGGGAGGGUAACAGGAGAUCUUGUCCAGGAGAGGAGCACUAUCUGGGGCAGACAGACCAGGAGGAGGAGGGGGGUAGAGGUGGGAGACCCAGACCUGAUCCACAGGUGGAGUGUCGUCUCAGGGAGAUGGAUGAGAGGAUAACCCAGGCCAUGGCUAACAUGGACUACCCUCCGGAGUGGAGCGGCAAGGCCAGCCAACCUAGAGAAGGUAACCAACCAUCCUACUUGGUUAACACAAGUAAUACUAGUGCUUACACCCUAAAAAGUCUGUAGUGACACCAGUGCUGCUGUGGAAAAGCCCUAUGACUAGUGUAGUGGGGUCAGUGAGUUGUGUGUUGUGAUGGGUAGAGAAUCUGACCCUAAACGGCUUGUUUUGGAGCAGUUCCAGCAAGUGUACUAGCUUUCCCAGAUGAUUUCCGACACCUUAUAACUUGAGACAUGUUGUACACAUUUCUGCUUCGCCUAUAGGCCUAUUUCAUAUACAGUGGCUUGCUAAAGUAUUCACCCCCCUUGGCAUUUUUCCUAUUUUGUUGCCUUACAACCUGGAAUUAAAAUGGAUUUUUUGAGGGUUUGUAUCAUUUGAUUUACACAACAUGCCUAUCACUUUGAAAAUGCAAAAUAUUUAAGACAAAAAAACAGAAAACUUCAGCGUGCAUAACUAUUCACCCCCCCAAAUUCAAUACUUUGUAGAGCCAGCUUUUGCAGCAAUUACAGCUGCAAGUCUCUUGGGGUAUGUCUCUAUAAGCUUGGCACAUCUAGCCACUGGGAUUUUUGCCCAAUCUUCAAGGCAAAACUACUCCAGCUCCUUCAAGUUGGAUGGGUAUGAAAAAAAGAAAAAGUAUGCUCUGGAUAAGAGCGUCUGCUAAAUGACUAAAAUGUAAAAAUGUUCCGCUGGUGUACAGCAAUCUUUAAGUCAUACCACAGAUUCUCGAUUGGAUUGAGGUCUGGGCUUUGACUAUGCCAUUCCAAGACAUUUAAAUGUUUCAUUUUACAUUUUAGUAAUUUAGCAGACGCUCUUAUAGGCCUACAAACUCCCCCUCUCCACCUACAGAGAUGCCCUCAGUGUUGCCAGGUCCAGCUACUUAUCCAACAUCAUCAUCAACUCCAAUAAGAACUCCCAGACUCUGUUCUCCUCUGUCAACAACCUAUUCGUGCCCCUCCAGUCUGGCUUCCACCCCCUCUACAUUACUGAAACUGCACUACUCAAAGUUGUCAAUGACCUCCUCACCUCUGCUGAUGCUGGUGCCCUCAACAUCCUGAUUCUCCUCGACCAGAGUGCUGCUUUUGACACAGUGAGCCAUCAGAUCCUCCUCACCAGGCUUGAGGGUCUGGGUGUUGAGGGCACCGCACUCUCCUUGCUACAAUCAUACCUUACAAACAGGACCCACUAAAUCUCCCUCAAUGGCCACACCUCAGACUCAGCUGCAGUUACACAGGAUGUCCCCCAGGGCUCUGUGCUGGAUCCCUUCCUCUUCAUCAUCUACAUCCUCUCACUUGGUCGGAUCCUCCGUCACUUCAACCUUGACUUCCAAUGCUAUGCCGAUGACACCCAGAUCUACCUCAACACCAAAUCCCUCCUCAACCCACCUCUGACCCACAUUGAAUCCUGCCCCUCUGCAAUAAUAACAUGGAUGCAACAUAACUUCCUCAAGCUCAACAGUGAUAAAGCUGAACUCCUCCUCAUUGGCACCAAAUCCACCCUCACCAAAGACGACACUAUUGUCUCUCCCUUCCCCCGAACGCACAACCUUGGUGUCAUUCUGGACUCUACCCUCUCCUUUGACCACCACAUAAGACAGACUGUCAAAUCCUCAGUCUUGCACCACCGCAACAUUGCUCAAUUCAAACGAAGCCUACAUGCACACAAAACUCAUUAUCAAGUCUAUUUAACUUCAUCAAGCUAGUGAAAGCCCGGGAUAAGAACAUUAGUUGAACCUACUGUGUCUAUAUCAUACUGAGAAGGCAAGGGUGAAGGAGGGGAUAGAGAAAGGUCUCCACUCUCUACAGUGUACAUACAGACCAAGUUCACCCACAGCUUCUUACAUAAGAGUGGUGAUUGUGUUUGGUGAAUCGUGCCGUUGAAUGCUUGCCUGUCUCGUCGGAAAGGUCACGUAUUGUCUGUGUGCCUGAGUGUCAGUCCCCAUUAGGGGACAGGAAUCUCAGUUGGCUCUCUCUCUCUCUCUCUCUCUCUCUCUCUCUCUCUCUCCUCUCUCUCUCUCCUCUCUCCUCUCUCUCUCUCUCUCUCUCUCUCUCUCUCUCUCUCCUCUCUCUCUCUCGUCCCUCUCGCACCUUCUCAGAGCUUCAGGUUCCUUGUUGUCCACAUCACUAAGGAAUUAUCAUGGUCCACACACACCAACACAGUCGUGAAGAAGGCAAGACAACGCCUCUUCCCCCUCAGGACGGUGAAUAGAGUCGGCAUGGGCCCUCAGAUCCUCAAAAAGUUAUACAGCUACACCAUUGAGAGCAUCUUGACUGGCUGCAACACCGCUUGGUAUGGCAACUGCUUUGCAUCCGACCGCAAGGGGAUACAGAGGGUAGUACGUGUGGCCCAGUACAUCACUGGGGCCGAGCUCCCUGUCAUCCAGGACCUCUAUACCAGGCGGUGUCAGAGGAAGGCCCUAAAAAUGGUCAAAGACUCCAGCCACCCAAGUCAUAGAACGUUCUGUCUGCUACCGCACAGCAAGCGGUACCGAUGCACCAAGUCUGGAACCAACAGAACCCUGAACAGCUUCUACCCCAAAGCCAUAAGACUGCUAAAUAGUUAGUUAAAUAGUUAACCAAUAGCUACCCGGACUAUCUGCAUUAACCCUUUUUGCAUGAACUCAUUUGACUCAUCACAUACGCUGCUGCUACUGUUUAUUAUCUAUCCUGUUGCCUAGUCACUUUAUCCCUACCUAUAUGUACACAUCUACCUCAAUUACCUCAUACCCCUGCACAUUGACUCGGUACUGGUACCCUGUGUAUAUAGCGAAGUAAUCGUUACUCAUUGUGUAUUUAUUCCUUGUGUUAUUAUUUGUCUGUUAUUUUUAUUUUUUUUCUCUCUGUAUUGUUUUGAUUUGAUUAUAUAAAAACAGAAUUUGAAAAGCUUAUGCAAAUUAGACAUUCAAUACAUCUGAUGUCUCUAAUAUUUUCUCUGUAAAUUAGUUAAUUUACAUUUUUCAAAACAUUAUUUUAGUUUACUAAACGUUGACCUGCAAGGUACACUACAUGACCAAAAGUAUGUGGACACCUGCUCAUUGAGCAUCUCAUUCAAAAAUGAUGGGCAUUAAUAUGGAGUUGGUCCCCCCUUUGCUGCUAUAACAGCCUCCACUCUUCUGGGAAGGCUUUCCACCAGAUGUUGAAACAUUGCUGCGGGGACUUGCUUCCAUUCAGCCACGAGCAUUAGUGAGUUUGGGCACUGAUGUUAGGCGAUUAGGCCUGGCUCGCAGUCGGCGUUCCAAUUAAUCUCAAAGGUGUUCGAUGGGGUUGAGGUCAGGGCUCUGUGCAGGCCAGUCAAGUUCUUCCACACCGAUCUCGACAAACCAUUUCUGUAUGGACCUCGCUUUGUGCACAGGGGCAUUGUCAUGCUGAAACAGGAAAGGGCCUUCCCCAGACUGUUGCCACAAAGUUGGAAGCACAGAAUCGUCUAGAACGUGAUUGUAUGCUGUAGCGUUAAGAUUUAUUUUCACUGGGACUAAGGGGCCUAGCCCAAACCAUGAAAAAAAGCCACAGACCAUUAUUUCUCCUCCACCAAACUUUACAGUUGGCACUAUGCAUUGGGGCAGGUAGAGUUAUCCUGGCAUCCGCCAAACCCAGAUUCGUCCGUCGGACUGCCAGAUGUUGAAGCGUAAUUCAUCACGCCAGAGAACGCAUUUCCACUGCUCCAGAGUCCAAUGGUGGCGAGCUUUACAUCACUCCAGCCAACGCUUGGUAUUGCGCAUGGUGAUCUUAGGCUUGUGUGUGUCUACUCUGCCAUGGAAACCCAUUUCAUGAAGCUCCCAGUGAACAGUUUUUGUGCCUACAGUUCCUGGUCCAGUAAUUGGGUCAGGGUUAAGUGGUACAUCGUCAAGCAUUUGUGGUACAGUAGUGGUAAGUAACCGUGGCAACGAACAUGGUGUGAGACAGACAUGGAGAGAAUGUUCAAGUGUAGGACAGCGAUUCAGAAUGAAGAGAUAUGGAGCUAUCAGGAAAGAAUAGGCUCAAUGACCAUUGACUGACUAUUCCCUCUCUUUUUAAAACCAAUUAAUUCAGUGUGACAAAGGGGAAUAGGAAGGAUGUGUGUGUGCUCUGCCCUGCUGGCACCUGGUCCCUCCAACACACUGGCUUUAUUAAAACACGCUGAGCAGGUUUAGAGGAAUACCUUGUGCUUGUGGUGUGUGCCUCAUAA